AAGAUGGCUUCCUCGAGUGAAAGUUCUGAUGAAGACUUGGAAAAAUUUGCAGCUAUAGCUGGUAUUGUCGACACUGGUAAAAUAACUCUCGUUUUUUUGUGAAAAUAGAUUAGGCUUAAAAUAUUACAGUUGUCUGUAAUAUUCUGAAAGCAUUGUUUGUUUUUGUUUCCUUAUAAACAUCAUUUAGAGGUAUCUAAAAAGUGCAAUUCGGAUAAUUCCCGUGGAAGCUCGAAACCUCACACUAAGCCAAGUUUGAGGUUAGUUCUGGCUUUUUUUGUUUUCAAAAAUAACCUAAGAUCGUCAAAAGAACCGCGCGAUUCCCCAUUUUUUGACGUUGAUCAGAAUUUUAUUUCUCCAUAUGCAUUUACAGGUAUCAUUGGCUUUCCCAUGGGUUUACUCCCGGGACAAUCCCUCCCAGGGGUUCACUCCUGGGAGACUCCUGGGGAUUUGUACUUAGGGUGAAAAAGCCCCAGGGUAUGGGAUAUAAAUGGCAGACUUAACUCCUCUGCCUGGGUCAAAGACCUCAGAACAUAUGUACAGUAUUUAUCGACCAUAAGGCCCCUGAAGAGAAAAAUGUGUGCAAGAUACUGAGAAAGCACAGGACUUUGCCUAAGAGCAGGCAGUUACUGGCAAUUAUAUCAAGCAAGUCUGUUUUCUAUUUCACCUGUUGCUUGCAUAUUUAUGUUUCAGUAUGGUUUGGUAACACCACACUGGUGCCGGAGCAAAUGUAAAAAUACUAAGAAUACCAACUUUUGAAGAAACCUGUGAGGCUAAGCCCAGGGCUUUUGCUGUUUGUUAGCCGAAGAUAUACAAUGCCCCUAAAAUUUCCCUUUCACCUCUCCCUCUCCUUCUUCAGAAGAGCAGAGCUGAAGAUUAAUGUGACUGGCCUUAAAGGGUCUGGUGCCUACCUUAGCUUUACAAACCAGUUUUACCACCUGAGUCGCUGGUCCCUAUUUGUGGUGAUGACAAUUUGUGCCUUAUAGAUUUUUUUUUCCUUACUGCAGACACUGGAGGGAGGAUGAAGACACUGCCUUUUCAACCUCAGAGUUAAUAACUCCUGAAUUUAGACAACAUGUUGCAAAGAAGCUCUCAAAAUUUCUUGACAGCAGCUAUAUCUGGUAAAUGUUCUUGCUGUUUACAAUAACUAUCAUCUAUCAUCUACUCUCAGAGGGUAGGUGUUGCAGCUGUGACUUCCAGUUAUUCACCCCCCACCAGAUUGCCUUUAACAUUGUUAUGCAUAUGACAAAACUGGAGGAUUGUGAUGUUACCCCAAUUGGUUGCCAUCUUGUAUUGCCCGAGUCUGACCGCAUUUUUUUUUAUCCAAUAAAAAUGGUGACUUAGCAGGGUUUUUUGUCGUUUCAAGAAAAGACAACAUUUGCAGCUCUGUGUGUGGGCCUUUCAGCACUAAAUCUCAGCGACAGUACCCCUUUAUUAAUCUCAUAUUUCUUUUUUAUUUCUUGUUUGCACUGUUAGUACUCAAGAGGCUGAACAAAAUGGCUGUCACAAUAAUUCACAUAAGUCAUCAGGGAUCAAACUGCUGUUGACUUCCAGCCAAAGGUUAGGAGAAAAAUCUGUACAGGAAAUAUCAACAACAAACAAGACAAAGAAGAAUAGGAAGAACUGCUCAAGCAGCAGUGAAAGGUGUGCGUACAAGAAUAUUAGGGAGCUUAAGCAAUUACGACGACGACGACUACCACAAUGACUUCAAAAAAACAAUAGUUUUAAUGGUCAAAACAACAGCUCUGCAUGUGCAUCACACUUUUUAGUUCAUUUACUUGAAUGAGUGAAGCGUUUUUUAAUCUCGGGUUUGAUGAGGUUGGUUAGACCUCUAGCAAAAAUAUGCUAAUAAGCCGAGGUGAAAAAAAAAGCAAAGAAAGCAAAACAAAUAAACAAAAUAAUAGAGAAAGAAGGGGAAAUCCAAAAACUUAUUUACAGUAUAAAGCCUAAAAAUUACGUGACACAGCUUUUUACAAUAAAAAGCCCAAUUAGUUAAUAGAACAUAGAUAUCAUAUAGAAUUAGCUAAAACCUUAGCUGUCGGACUGCUUUUUUAAAGGCUGACAAUUGUGCUUAGGGAUCUUAAUGUAUCAGAAAUCCUUGACGUCCACUGUACGACUUCAGCGUGAAACCUCCUAAUUUGCCAUUUUAUGGGGGACGUCACAUGGAGUGAACAUACGACGACAAAUUUUCCUUCCUCUUUUUGAACCUCAAUAAAAUCCUUAAGAAUUCAACUCCAGGAAAAGUCGCCUACCUUUGACAUAUUGAGCGGGUCCAAAUAGAAGCGAUUAAGUUUGAAAGAACACAAAUUCUUUUUUUUACCAAUGUUUUCACUGCCGUCGUCAUCGUCCUUGCUUAAGGUCCCUAUUUCCUCAUUUAAAAAGAUAGGCCCAGGGAAAAUGAAAAGAGCAAUUUUUCAUUUUUCCUAGAACAUCCCCUCCCAUGGGAAUGAAAAUUCAAAAAGCUUACUCUAUUGGUUUUUUUGUUUGUUUGUUUUUUUCCUCUGACAAAGGUCUGGCAUUGAAAGUGAAAGUUACUGAAACUAUUUUUAUUUUUAACUUCUCAUUGUUUUCCAGUGAUACAGAUGAAGAAGAAAUGAACCGUUUAGCAGAAGCAGCUGUUUCUGGUCACUCUAUCAUCAAAAAUGGUAAAGUUAUCUUGCACUAGCCACUAAAAAGAGGUUCAAAUGUGCUUUGUUCUCCACUUGUCUUUUGACAUUUGUGGGGGCGUUAAAUUUAAUGCUAAUAACCUGAAAGGUUUGCAUAAUAAAGGAAACUGCCAUUUUUAGCUAGUUGAGCCCUUUUCCUGACCAUUGUGUAGCAACUAGAUGAGCUUUAUUUGUUAUUGGACAAGCAGAAACGUAGGCAAACUUGGUCCUUAGUCUUACCAUAUCUCUUAUUAGGAGUCUUUUUCUCUAGUCUCGAGAUAACGCUAGAGGUGUAGAUAUCACAAGACUUGUGACUUGUGACUUGUGAUAUCUUAGUGUGGAUUAUUAAAACUGCAGAAUACUCUUCCUGCCUUUUUUUCCGCGUUCUUCUAUCUUCACGUUUUAAAAACGACAAAUAAACACACUACAUGUUUUAUAUUCCACAUUGGCAAGAAAUUCCUGGGGAGCACACCACGCCCCUCACCCCGCUAUUUACAGGCCUAUCCAUUUUAUCAACAAUUAUUUCCCAUUAUAACCCCGGUUGUAGGCUCAAAAAAGUCAUGUAUUUGGUGCCAGUUUCUCGAUAGUUGGAUUACUCUUUCCUGCUCCUUAGGCCUUUCUCAGAUCACUAAUGAGAUUGGAACGUGGGCAGGUCUCAGGGGGUACUUCCAAAAAAAUUGGGUGGGGGUGUGUGGCACGCUUCCUGAAACCCUUACCCUAUUUCAGACGAAAAUCUGUGAUUUUCCCUACUCUAUUUCAUAUCUGAUCAAAAAUUUGAUACCCUAUUUCAGACCAGCCUUAUAAUCAGUUCCCUAGGUCAGACCAGUGUUAAAGGCAAUGUUUAUACGCUUUUAUUGGGUAGGAUACAAAACUGUACAAAGUUUCAAGCUUAAAAUUUCACACUAAAAAGCAGGUUGCAUAAUGCAUCAUCAUAAAUACAGAAUACGCGCCUACGUAACAUCAAUAUGAUGACUAAUUAACAAUUAUUCCUCCAGCCCGAACAGCCCAUUCGGCCUUCGACCUCAUGGGCUAUUGACUCAGAGCCCAUGAGGGCAAGAGAAAUAAUUGUUUUAGUAAAAUCCAGCUACUUGGACAAAAAUAUAGAGACAAAACAACUUUAGCUUGCAAAACGCGAUUCAGGCGCCAUUGUUUUGGUUUUCAAAGCCAGCGCUUUUCUAGUGGGCUAUAACAUAUAGCAACAUUGAUAAUAGACCACUAGUUGGAUUUUACUAAUAUACUAUAUGCAGGAACAGUACAAUAGUGUAUUUUACGAACUGUAACCUUGGAAUACAGGAAUUCGAAGUAGCUUCUUCCAAAAAACAUACCCAAUGCAAGACUAGAGUGUACAAACCAUACCUUACUUCAGACCAAAAUGGUCAAAAUUGAUACCCUAUUUUGGACCAAAACCUCUAAAAAACCAUACCCUUUGGCGCCGCACAUACCUAUAUAGCCUAUAUAAGGGAGUACCCCCCCCCCGGGGGGGCGGGCAAGUUAGGCUAGAGUUCCUUAGAUCAAGCGAUCGCGAGCGAGAGGUGAAUGGUAGGGUUGGCUCUGUUCUACUAGUACAAGUAAACAAAAUUAGUGACAGAAAUCUUAGUAUCAGGGGAUGGUUUCUCUAAAGUCCCGGAUUCAAAAGAUAGGUGGGUCCUAGCUAACAAACCAGGCCAUUUUGUUUUGUUAACUGAUAGUUUUAUCAUGUUAUGUACAAAAUUACCGAAACCUCUGUCUUGAAUACCAACAACAACAGCUUUACGAGCCCGUUAUAGCCUGUACACAGACGUUGUUUUACUUUUCUUUUCGUUAUUUUCGAAAACAUCGGCGAGCGCGCGAAAGAAAAAUAAAGAACCUAUUUUCUCCUUUCCCACCCCUACCCCCUCGCGCUGGCGGUCAAUAAAUCCCCCGCGGUUUUUGUUUUUUAUCACGCGCGCUCGACGGACUUUGAAGAGAAAAUAGAGGCUCUGUGAACAGGCUAGGCCUGUUAUUUAUCGGCAGUUUUGAGAAACGGUCCUCUUAAGGGAAAGUGGUGAGGAGAUUUGAUAGUGAGAUAACCUUAGAUCAGGCGUUAUUAUUAUUAUUAUUUUUUGCUUCUUUGGCUCGAGAGGGAAAAAAAUAAUAGAUUAUAGAGACAAAGGGAGAGGGCAUGAUCGCAGGCUAAUAGUGAGAUUACCCAGUGAAGAGCCACUCAAAUAACAUGCUUCUUCUGUCAACAGUUUCCACAGGAAACCAAAAAGGAACUGAAACAGAUGACGAAACCACAGAAAACAGCAGCGUUAAAAGAAAGAAAGAAAAGAAGAGGAAAAAAGAAAAGAAGAACCAAAGACUGGAAAUAGAAACCGAACACAAGAAGAAGCAUAACAAACGCAAAAAAUACAAACUCAAAGAGGAAACUUGA